AUGGAUGUGGUUCAACUUUUACGUUUGUUAAUUAGUCCAGCAUUCAAGUCAUUGAAAAAGCUCAAAGUCCAUGUGGUCAAUUUUUUUGCUGAGAAUGACGAUGAUUUUUUUAACAUGGAUGAAUGGAAUAAGUUUAGUGAAUUGAAACAGCUUCCCGAGUUAGAAUUAAGUUGUGAAUUUACAAACAUGGCCAUUUUAUUAAUGACUCCUUUUAAGCCAAAAUCCUCACGCAUCCAUGUUCGACUUGUUUCUUCAAGUUACGGUUAUUAUUGUAAAUCCAUGAAAGAUUUAAUAGGUAAUAGUUUUAACACCAGUAAAAAUCACCGAAGAACCAUGUGGAGGUCGGUUGGAGAAUGGCGAGAAGAGUUCCUUAAACAAAUUUCAUAUGACAACGACUAUGAAAAUCCUGAAGAGUAA